AUGAAAAGGGCUGAAGACACUAGAGAGAAUGCAGGUUUAAGACACAUCACGUCUUUGUGUCCUCAGGGCGUUAUCGACUACAUAUUCUUCUCAAAGACCCACAUGAGCGUCCUGGGCCUGAUGGGACCGCUGGACACCCAGUGGCUCGUCGACAACAACAUCACCGGCUGCCCCCACCCGCACAUCCCCUCGGACCACUUCUCCCUGCUGGCCCAGCUGGAGCUGCACCACCCUCCCCCGCCCCACCCGCUCAACCCCCUCAACGGGCUGCACCUGCCGGUCCACAGGUAGUCCAGCCUGACCGAACAGCCCCGCCAACACCUUCCUGUCUCACCUUUAAAACACUCCCCCACCCCCCCCUCCAGCUUUAUACAGGACCCUGUACAGACCACCGAUCAUGUUAACGCUCAAGACGCCAUCCGACCCUAAAGGAGUGAAGUAUUCGCCUGUUUGUUGCUCCUUUUUUUGUGCUUUUGCACAAUGUAAAUGUUUGUUUUAAUACAUUUAUUUCCCUCCCCCUUAAAAAAGGCUUGAUACCAAAUGUUGGGCUUGGGAUGAAGUUUUGAAUUGUUUUGUUUUUUCCUCUACUACAACAACAAACCUUAAUGACGAAUACUAUCGAGCAGAUUAGCUGAAUUUCAUUUGUUUUUUUGUUUUUGACACUUCACACAGCCGUGAAGUUUUUAGAGUUAAAACACAACUUAAUAUUAAUGUUGUGUUAAAGUCACAGUCUGCUGUCACUCCCCAAUUUACCUGACAGGUAUUUUAAAUAACGGAGAAACACUACAAACAGCUGACGGUUAGGAACGUUUACGUGAAAAAGGUUUGUUUACAUCGGUCACUUUUAUAAACGCAGAACCAUAUUCUCAAUUCUGCUACAAC